AUGGCUGAUUCCGCAACCUCUGCCGCAUCGCUCCCUCCCCCUCCGGCUCCUGCCGGCGCCCCAGGCUAUGACGGAGGGAACCAAGGCAACCAGCAGCACAUGCCCCCGCCGCCGCUUGCUCCCGUCAUCAUCCCUCAAAACAACAAUCCGAUCCCGACCGCCAUCAGCUCGCCCAUGUCUGGCGGUGUUAUGUCGCCCACCAGCGGCGGUGCUGGAUAUGUCCCGCGCCGCGCCGCCCCGGAGCCGAACAAAAGGGCCCUGUAUGUUGGAGGAUUGGACCCUCGGGUUACGGAGGACGUGCUGAGGCAGAUUUUUGAGACCACGGGCCACGUUCAAAGUGUCAAGAUUAUUCCAGACAAGAACGUCAGUGGAUCCCCAUUCCAGGCCAAGGGAUUUAACUAUGGCUUCGUUGAAUAUGACGAUCCAGGAGCGGCCGAGCGUGCCAUGCAGACGUUAAACGGUCGGAGAGAAAUUCGAGUAAACUGGGCAUUUCAGUCAAACAAUGCCGCGAAAGAGGAUACUUCCAACCAUUUCCACAUCUUUGUUGGUGAUCUUUCUAACGAGGUCAACGAUGAAGUUUUGCUUCAAGCCUUCUCUACUUUCGGACCGGUGUCCGAAGCUCGCGUCAUGUGGGACAUGAAGACUGGCCGCUCGCGUGGCUAUGGCUUCGUCGCCUUCCGUGACCGCUCCGACGCCGAGAGGGCCCUUAGCUCUAUGGACGGUGAAUGGCUUGGUUCACGUGCUAUUCGUUGCAACUGGGCGAAUCAGAAAGGCCAACCAUCCAUCUCGCAGCAGCAAGCCAUGGCAUCCAUGGGCAUGACUCCGACCACCCCAUUCGGACAUCAUCACUUCCCAACUCAUGGAGUCCAGAGCUAUGACAUGGUAGUUGCGCAGACACCUCAGUGGCAGACGACCUGCUAUGUCGGCAAUUUGACCCCGUACACCUCUCAAUCAGACUUGGUUCCCCUUUUCCAAAACUUUGGAUAUGUAACUGAGACACGAUUCCAAUCCGACCGCGGGUUCGCCUUCAUCAAGAUGGACACUCACGAGAACGCCGCAAUGGCUAUUUGCCAACUUAACGGCUACAAUGUCAACGGUCGGCCCUUGAAGUGCAGCUGGGGCAAGGAUCGUCCUCCAACUGGUCAAUUUGACGGAUAUUCCCCUGCCCAAGGACCCAACUCAGCAUAUCCCCAGACUCCCAACCAAUAUUUCCCGCAGUACAGCGGAACUGGUGGCCCGAUGUCACCUCAAGGCCCGAGCCCUGGUGGCACACCAUUUGGUCAGAAUCAAGCUGUGCAAGCUGGCUUCGGAGGGCCUGGUAUGGCUCAGCCGUAUCAGCAAAUGCCUAGCAGCGCCGGUGGUUAUGGACGCGGUGGUCCGCCGCAGCAGCAAUGGGGACAGCCCACCCAGGGCAACUUCAAUCAGAAUGGCUUCGGCGGCUACCAAGGCUAA